AUGAGGAACCUGUUCACCUUUCUACUCGCCGUCUUUAUAGCGUGCAUGCAAUCCACAGCAGCCCAAUCGGCCGCACGUCCACGCAUCCUCCUCUACACAAAAACAGCCGGUUUCCGACACGACUCGAUCCCAACCGCCAUUCGCAUCAUCGCCUCUCUCGGCAAUGGUUCCCUAACUCUUCCCUCCUCAACCAUCGACCCCACCAUCUCCACCCUCCGUUGGGACACCAUCAAUACCGAAGACGAGACUCUCUUCCACGACCCCAUCUAUCUUUCUCAGUUCAAAGCGAUCGGCUUCCUCAGCACCACCGACGUAGACCCUCCCGGCGCUGGCACCGUCCUCGACGACCAAGGCUUGCGCAACUUUGCCCGCUACAUUCAACAAGGAGGCAACUACUUUGGCAUACAUUCCGCCUCAGCAACUCUCUUCGGUGCACCUUUCUACGGAAGGCUUGUAGGAGCUUAUUUCGAUUACCAUCCCCAGAUCCAAAAUGUCACCGUCCGCUCGCUGGAUCGCCAACACCCUUCGACUUCAAAAUGGCCAGAUCAAGGGCUGAGAAUUUAUGAAGAGAUGUACAAUUACCGCUCGGAUCCUCGCAAUCUUCCUUCUCGAGCAAAUGUGCUUGUGAGCAAUGCAACCAGCUACCAAGAUCCAGGUGUUAACCCGCAAGCUUUUCGAAAUGGCAGUAAUGGACCGGAGCCUCAUCCGCUGGCUUGGUGGAGAGAAGCAAGGCUGCUGGACACCGAUGCAGCUACCGAUCCGAGUGUUAGUGGGGGAGGUGGGGCGGGGAUUCAGGUUUCAGGCGGGAGCGGGAGAUCGUGGUAUACUAGCUUGGGACAUGACAAUUCGACGUGGGCACAAGAUCUUUUCCGAGGUCAUGUAGCUGGUGGUAUCGGUUGGGUGCUGCAAUCUUCUACGGCUCCUUCGAAUGCUUCGGCGGGUGGCAGCAAUAGUAGUGAGUCGGCUGGUGCAUCCGCUUCUCCAACCACUAGUUCGACGGCAGGCAGCUCCAAUCGCGCCAUCUCCAGCACACCAGCCCAUGAAUUCGGCAACAUCGCCGCCCGUUUCGCUUCUAUGCUCCUCCUCAUUAGCCUCAGCGCAGUCUAG